AUGGAAGACGGCGACUGGGAGCUAUCCAAGGAAAACAUACAGCCGUUGAAACAGGGCCGUGUCAUGUCGUCGCUUCAGGCAGCGCUCGCCCCGCAAUGCCAGGAAGACCUCAAGCAGAAACAGCGGGAGUUCGAAGAAGAGCUUCGCACCUCGUCCGGUGUCGCCCUUUUGGACGUAUACCACCGGUAUGUGUUGUGGCUGGAGCAGCACCACGUUACGACUAGUGUCAACAUGCCCCAGCUGCUUGAGCAGGCCAUUGUGCAGUUCAAGACAAACACUGAACUGUUCAACGACGUACGCUACGUCGGCAUUUGGAUACGCUAUGCUAUGAUGUCACCAGAGCCCCUCGCAACGUUCAAAGCCAUGUUUGAGACUGGUAUUGGCGAUCAGCAUGCUGAAUUCUACGCCACUUGGGCACAGCAGCUCGAAGCAUCUGGCGAUAGUUGUGGUGCAUCACGCGUUCUCCAGGGAGGCAUCCGUCGGCGAGCUGCGCCCACCAGCCGGCUCGAAGCGGCUCUGAGGCACCUGGAGGCACGUGUCAGUCGCCAGGUCGCUCUCGACGUGCAGCAGCAGUGCCAGGAAGCGGCGUUAGUUGGUGGCCCAAGACGGGAUGCGCGAUCUGUUCUGGCUCCACUGCGUCCACAGAAGCAGGGCACCGCCCCUGUGACGCGGUCGGCACCUGUCACCAGGCCAGCCGAGCAGCAGCAGCGUGGCCUGGCAAUAGUGACAGCCGGCUCAGCGGCAGGCAACCGAGGCCACACGAAGGUACGCGUGCAGGCCGACGAGAACGCUCUACAAGAUGGCGAUGCCCUGCUCAUUCAACCCGUGGCUGCACCACCCUUUGUGGCCGCCGCCCAGCUGACCAAGGAGAAUAGCCGUACAGCUGGAAAGUGGUCUGGAGUUACGGCGAAGCAGCGGCUUCCGUCAGCGUCUCCGCGGCCGGGGUUCGAGGUUCUGGAAGAAGAAGACAGCCAGCCUCCUUCUUGCACGCCUACCCUGGUCCCUGGCAGUCGGCAAGUUCUCAGCGAGCGCAAGAAGUCUGCAGAAGCGUACGAUGGUUUCAGCUGGGACCGGUGGGUGGUCCCGCUUUGUCGUCCCGACCCUGAAGGUCUGCCGGUGCGGCCAAUGUAUGACAAGGCGAGUGUGUACAGGGGCACCACAGAGUUCCAGUUCGAGGAGAUCCGCAUGGCCCAUAUUCGGGCACAGCAACGGCAGAUGGACUUGGAACAGCAACUGGAGGCAGAGCGAAAUCGACGCGCGCAGCUGGAGUUAGAGAGUCUGCAGAGAGAGCAGCGCGAACGGGAAGAGGUGAAGGCGCUUAAGCGGGAGGUGCUGCAAAUGCGUAAGGAGCUGCAGCUGUUGCACCGCCAGCUGGCCAAGAACAGGAGUGGCAGUAGGGACCACGCUGUGGUGACUAGCCAGAUUGUGCGUUUGGAACAGAGUAUCCUGGCUGCUGAGCAGUCCAUCCUUGUCCAGCCUGUAUCAAACAGCAGCAUAGAGGAGGGAGCCUGUGGACAACCUGACGAAGUGGACAUGCCGCCUGACACACCGAGUGCUCACCAGGCGAGCGGGGCUGCAAGUGCCGAAAGCACCCAGAGUGGUGGAAGCUUGCGCACAGUUGAUGUGUCCAAAGUUGUACGCAGCCUCUGGAACUGCACUUUGGGCCAGUCACACCUGAGCCAGCAAGAUUGCACGCUGCAGGCUCCUUCAAAACACACGGUAUUAGAUGAAGUGCGAACUGAGUCUGCCAUUGAAGACUCUGCUGUCGUGGUGGGUGUUCCAGCAGCACCUUUUGAGGUGUUCUCUGAGCCCACCGAGACAGGAGUGCUUGCCUGUGUGCACCUCUGCCACCAAACGAUGAUGCUCCUGAAGAGGGUGACAACGAUGAGAACCGGCUGCCAGCAGAUUGUAGCCCGCCAGAGGUUUCUGUGA